AUGUCCUUCGUCCGCCGCUCGCGUACUUACCUUGCUCAAUUCUGGCCGCAAUGUUGGGCUUUUUCUCAGGCUUCGCAUCUCUCAUCGGAGUCGAGUAAUUUUGCUUCUUCGCAUCUACCUUGGGCUCGGCUGAAACGCAGAAAUGCGAUUCCAAAUGAUUACUACUCUUGCGCACUGGUCACUCAGGCAUUUGAGGGCGAAAGUGGACUGACUGUGCCAGAAGUCAAACCAGUCGACCGAUCCAAGUGGUUCGUGGCGCUCAUUGAAGAUAAGUCUCACGCAUUCUUUCUAACCAACAUGGCCAAGACAACAUUUUGA